AGUUUUUUUUUUUUAUUCAGUUCUCGAAGCUUCUCUUCUUUCUCAAUCAACCGAAUUCACACACCAGCUCUCUUCUCCAGACAUCGUUCUUCUUUUACGAUUAAAGCAAAGUUCUGCUGAAUAAGCAUGAAUCCUGGUGAUUAUACAGCAGAGGUAACUGGUCUAUCACCAAAUGCAACAGAGAAGGAUGUCCAUGAUUUCUUUGCUUUCUGUGGGGCAAUUGAACAUGUUGAGAUUGUCAGAGCUGGUGAGUAUGCGUGCACGGCCUAUGUAACAUUUAAAAAUCCUCAUGCUCUGGAGACAGCAGUCCUGCUCAGUGGAGCUACGAUCUUGGAUCAGCGUGUCUGCAUUACUCGUUGGGGGCGCUAUGACGACGAAUAUGACGUUUGGACACGUUCUACAUGGACUGAUGGAGCUGAAAGUGGUCCCACUCAGUCAAAUAGGCACCAAUUUGUUUCUUCUGCUGGUGAAGCCAUCACUUUAGCACAAGAUGUUGUCAAAACGAUGCUAGCCAGAGGAUAUGUUCUUGGGAAAGAUGCAUUAAGCAAAGCCAAGGCUUUUGAUGAAUCUCAUCAGGUUUCAGCAACUGCAGCAGCCAGGGUAUCUGAAUUCAGUGACAGAAUUGGCCUCACAGAUAAGAUUUGUGCAGGGGUUGAAGCGGUUAAAUCAGUUGACCAGAGGUAUCAUGUAAGCGAUACCACAAAAUCGGCUGUAUCAGCUACGGGAAGAACGGCAGCUGCUGCUGCAAAUGCUGUUGUCAACAGUAGUUACUUCUCCAAGGGAGCUUUUUGGCUUUCAGGCGCUCUAAGCAGAGCUGCACAAGCUGCUGCUGAUUUGGGUGGUAGAGGACAAAACAAAUGAAGAUGUUUUUUGGGGACAUAGGUGCAGUUUCUUGCUUUCCAUGUUAGAUACGUACAUACUACAGUUUACUGUACAUCAAUAAGUUGGCGGUUGACUUGUUAAUGAGAGGCAUUUUUGUGUUUUCCUUUCGAUUUGCCGGUCCCAUGUACAGGCAUAUAGCUCAAAGUUCUGUGUUUGUCCUGCAUAUGAACCACACCUUAGGUGGUAUAUGUGUGCGUUGUGUAUCGGCAUUACAGAGAUGCUAGGUAUUCUAGUAGUACAUGACACUGGUAGCGAGGUAAUCGCCAGAAAAGCAAAGAUCCUAAAGCCAUGUCAAGGAAGGCUUCGUCUUAUUA